UGUGCCAUAAACAAUUAAACCGCGCACCAAACACCAUUUGCCCCCAAUUUCAUUUCUUCCACUCUCACUAUCACAGUGAGCACCUCCCAGAAUUUUGCCCUUAAUCAACCACCACCGUGUUCAACCAGCACCUCCGCACCUCGCACUCACACCAGAUCCACCCUCCAACAGCCGCUGUUUCCGGGAACCACCACCACCACCACCACCACCACUGUUCUCACUCACACGAGAUCCACCCUCGCACCAGGUUCUGCCAACACCUUCAGGUCACUUGUUUAAUUCGGUAGUGUCAAUGGUAUGGGUGGUGGCGCCGGAGGGGGGGGAGCGCUAUCGGCGGUGAGGUGGCACGGUGGUUAAAGGAGCAUGAAUUGGUUUACUGAUCUCUAGACAAUGGAAAUGAUGCAUCAUUCAUGAUUUAAACCAUUCUAACUGAGUGAGGAAACCUUUUUAAAGAAGCAUGAAUUGGUUGCAUGCCAUCAGCAAGGUUGGAUAAGGCUUGGAGCUUGCUGAUAUAAUUAAGAUGCUAAAUUAGAGUACAUGUGCAUAAGUUACAAACCAUCAUUCAGUUGCAUCCACAGUCCAUGUCUGCACAACCAUAGCUAAGGGAAACUUUCUGCAGCAAUUACACAACGAUAUAAGAUUGUUUUGAGCAUAUAAUUAUUAACAAUGAAGAUGCAGAGCUACAUAAAGUCUUUUGAGUCAGCUGGAAUGAUCCCUCUUCCCUUUACAGCCUUCAUCUCAUCUUCCUCAUCCUGUCAACAAUGGCGCCUGAUAACACCAACAACAACACCUCUGAUAAACCUUCUUCCACCAUUAACAUCAAGAAUGAUGUACCACCAUUAACAUCAAGAAUGAUGUACCUCUAGUUCUUGGUCUUGAUCCCAUGAACUACGACAUCUGGAGAGAAUUAUUUGAAACCCAUUGUCUUGGGUUUAGAGUCUUCGAUCACUGAUGGAGUCAACUUUAUAACUACCAUCUAAUAAUGAGACAGAGGAGUAAAAUCUUCUAAAUAAUAAAUAAUAGGAUGGUGGUCCAUUUUUGUUUUUGCUCAUCAAGUAAUUCAACAAAAGUGCGUGUAUCGGAGGGAUGAUCAUUAAGGACCUGGGGCCGGUUUCUGGAAGGUGUUAUGUAGGAGUUCCGGGACUGAGGUGAACUAAUCGGGAACGAAAAGGUGUGACUGAGUUGGGGCUGCGAAUUAAGCGGGGACGAAAAGAUGGUAGCUGUGUUGUGUCUGGAGGCCGCUGUUAGUGGUAGGGGAGUUCCACUAUAGCUAGUAAUUAUGCAGUUAGUGCUGCAAUAAUUUACUUUGUUAAAGCUUCCUACUUUAAUUUUCUGUAGGUUUUCUAGGAUUUGUAAAAAUCCUUUGGUCCUGAUAUGUAACCAUUUUUCAUAGUCUUGUUGCUCUUUUUUAAAAAAUAAGGUGUUAUUUCUAAAAAAUUAAUGGAAAAUAACAGUUUAUUUAAAAACGAUUCAGACGAAUCUGAAGAAAUCACCGAAGUAAUAAACUUUAGUGAAAACGAAAAAGGUUUUGUAUCAGAUUACAUGAUUAAUUCUGAUCAAUUAACAAAAAUUAGCAAGCUUAAAUUCAAGCUUGACGCAAAACAAGUUUUUAAUCAACCAAAAACUUUACAAAGUUUAGUUUCUAGAGCCUUUUCUAGAAAAAAUAAAAUAUUUUAUUGUUUUAACACUGAAGAACUUUCAGUUGACAUAAACAAUACCUCGGGUGAAGUUUAUUUGCCACUCUUAACAAAGGGUGAAAUAGCAAAAAAGCUUUUACAUAUUAAACCAGAGUUGAGAAAGUCUCUCAAUAUGGUACAUAUAGGAGCGGUUAAAAUCCUCCUAAAAGCACAGUUUAGAGAUGGAAUUAAUUUUCCUAUAAAAAUGGCCCUUGUUGAUAACAGAAUUAUCAAUAGGCAAGACGCUCUUCUUGGAGCAAUUCAAGGAAAUUUAGCUUAUGGUAAAUUUAUGUUUACUGUCUAUCCUAAAUUUGCUUUACAUCGAGAUUCAAAAGAUUUCGACAAAACUUUAAGUUUUAUACAUCAGUGUGAAAGAACUGAUCUUAUGGAACCAGGUAAUAAAGUAUUUACGAUUAAUUAUUUAGUCUCAUAUGCUUUAACAAAUAGCACUCAUUCAAUUGAGUACAAAGAAAAAGAAAGCAUAGCAAUUGAGGAUAUAUUCUCAGAUAUUGGAAUUGUUGAAGGCAGUAAAUUCGCUGAGCCAUCACAAUUACAAGAAAACUGGGCAAUUGAUAUUGCACGAAAUAAACAAGUUUUAGUAUCAAAACCUAGACACAGUUAUGCUGGAAGCUCUUUACAAAUAAGAGAAUCAAGUAACACUGAACAAUUAAUACGUUCUUUGUCUGAAAGAAUUGAUGGGUAUGGUAGAAUCUUAAAAGGAGUUAUUGGAGAAUAAUGUCUUCAAAACCAAUUUUAGAUUAUUUACAAUAUCUUGAUCAACAAAUCACCUUUGAAGAGGCUAAUAUACAAA